CUCGUGGCAGGCGGCGGAGACCGUGGCGGCGGGGUGGGCUCCGGGCGGUGGCGCCACCGUACCCGAGAAGCUGAGAGCCUUGACAGAUGAACGGGAGGCGGUCCCUGCUCGGCCUCACCUUCUGCACCUGCUACCUGGCUUCUCACCUCACGAACAAGUAUGUCCUGUCUGUCCUGAAAUUUACGUACCCUACAUUAUUCCAAGGGUGGCAGACACUCAUCGGUGGACUUUUGCUUCAUGCGUCAUGGAAGCUAGGCUGGGUGGAGAUCAACAGCAGUUUAAGAUCUCAUGUUUUGGCCUGGCUUCCUGCUUCAGUGCUGUUCGUGGGUAUAAUCUACGCAGGGUCCAGAGCUUUGUCCAGACUGGCUGUUCCUGUGUUUUUCAUUUUGCAUAAUGUAGCUGAAGUUCUCAUCUGCGGGUACCAGAAGUGUGUCGGGAAGGAGAAAACAUCACCCACAAAGAUCUGUAGUGCCCUCUUCCUCGUGGCUGCUGCAGGGUGCCUUCCCUUUCAGGAUGCGCAGUUUGAUCCAGAUGGAUAUUUUUGGGCCGUAGUUCACUUAUUUUGUGUAGGGGCUUACAAAAUACUUCGGAAAUCCCAGAAGCCCAGCGUGUUAAGUGACAUUGACCAGCAGUACUUAAACUACAUAUUCAGUGUGGCACUCCUGGCAUUGGCAUCGCAUCCCACAGGUGACCUCUUCAGUGCCCUGGACUUUCCAUUCCUGUAUUUCUACAGAUUCCACGGCAGCUGCUGUGCCAGCGGAGCUUUAGGCUUCUUUCUCACGCUCAGCACAGUAAAGCUGAAAAGCAUUCUGGCCCCAGGGCAGUGUGCAGCCUGGAUUUUCUUUGCGAAGGUCAUCACUGCUGGCUUGUCACUGUUGCUGUUUGAUGUGAUCCUGACCAGUGCAACUGUGGGAUGGCUUCCUGAAAAAUCACAUUUAGUCUCUGUGGAAAACAUGAAAGCACCCUCUACGCACCCUGGGACGGGUGAGUUUGCGCACCUUUUUGGGUGCCUCACGAAGACCAGUCUGUGGCGGCAUGAGAACUCCAGGGACCAUUCAGAGGAAGUGUGCAAAACCAAAUGCUUACAGUGCCCAGAGAGCUGUGGAAAUCACCCAACUGCAAAAGACGGUAUGUUCUAAACUUGCUUUAACAUGCCUGUACUGAGAGGAAAAACAUAAAGGAAUAAAAGAGAAUCUGAAGAUGAACCCACAGGAUCUGUGGAACCUCACUGCUGGCUGACUCACCGAGAGCCGGUCCUGCUUCCCAUCUGUGACUGAACAGAAAUGGACCCCCACUAUGUCCUCCAGAAUCACCACAGCCGGGCAGGUACUCUGAGCCACCUCCCAUGAACUCUGAGUUCCCUGAGGUGGAAAUUGCAGCUACCUACGAAGACUAGCCACUGGGGUCAGCAGGCCUGCCAGCUCCACUCCCUGGGCCCACCCCUUGCUGGCUUCAGGGGUCCUUGGCACGGAUUGCCAAGAUGGCUAGGGGAGGGGCAGACUUGUCCCUGUACUCUUUAGAGCAGUUUUGUGGCUAGCACCCGUAAACCUGUGUUGCCAGAACAGCAAGGAGCUGUGGGUUGAAAAGGUGACAGCUAAUGCGAUGUCUCUCUCUAAAGCCCUUCACACACUCAAAGCCUCCCGUUUGAGCUGAAGAUGGUUCCUUUGUUGAACCCGCUGGACCUGGCACCAUUUCAAGCAUCCUUUACAGAAGACCUCAGGGGCUCUCUAGAAGAGUGCCUUUAUGUUUGGAAGGGCUUCCACGUCCUCAGAAGUACUAUUCACUAAGCUCUGCCUGUAGGCGCACUGAGCUCACCUGUGUGAGGUGUGACCCAACUAUCAGUGGGACAUCAACCUCACACCUGGGUAAUCUGAAAGGAAAACAAAAUAAAAAGGGCCCAACCCACAGCCCUCUUCAGUCCAAGCAGGUCAGUGAUCCUUUCUAACACAUGUACUUAGACAGAGAAGGCUGUGUCGGCCUCCACAAAGGGCUGAGAAGAAAGGAUUACAGGGUGUGAAGGAAGACCAGGGCAGGGACUUCACCUCACUCUAAGAUGAAGUGUCCCCUCUCCACAGCACUGGCCUUGGAAAACUGUCCUCUUCUAACUAUGCUGGGUCCCAUCCAAAAAGCCCCUUAUUUGCACGGCAGCAGGUACAACCAAAGGGAAAGUGUGUUGACCUGCGGUGGGAGGGGCGGUUGCUGUUUACCUUUUGAUGAUUCAGAGAUGGUCAGGCGACCCACUCUGACAGAAGCCACGGUACACAAGCCUAGGCAAAGACAGCAGAAGCCAUGCGGCCUUCGCAACAGAUCUGAGAGCACAGCAGGGUUCACUUGCCAUCCUAGUGAGGCAAAAUGCAGUCUUCUCUGGUUGCAUGGACCACGGAUUGUCUGGCUCAUGAGCACCGAGGAGGGCCUAGCUGGGGUUCACCAGAAGCAUAUGGAUGUAGCUUGAGACCCUCUUCACUUUAGGGUUAGCAAGGUUAGCAACAACAGUUGCUGUGGCAGAGCCACUGGAAGAGAAGCAGAGCCCCAUGGCCCAAGCCAGAUCACCUGGUUAGUCCCUUCAAGGCCCUGUCCAGCUCUGUUUCUUUGGAGAUACCUCCAAGGACCAAGUGCCAGGUCAAGGUCUCCACAGAACACUUGCUCUCACAAAAGCAUUUGGUAGGACAGUGUUAUACUUCCUCCAUGAAAUUAGUAACUCCCCCACAGCCUGGAAAUUAUGGCCCUGAGAACGUGUUACCCAUCCAUCUAGUUACUCAGGAAAGCGGCGUGCUCACUGUUAGGGAAUACUGAGACAACUUUGAGAGCACAGUCCAUAUCCACAGUGUAAAAGACAGGUAUGGGCAUCCCCACAGGCCUCCACAGGUCCUUAGCAGAGCCUUGGUGAGGUGUUGGGGCCAGGGGAAGGGGACUACGGAAGCUAUUUGGAAAGGUUGAUUUCCUUCAGACUAGGCUGCAAUCAGCAAGGGACUGAGCACUGUUCCAGAUGAAAAGCCCCCUAAGCCAGCCAGACAAGGGGUCUACAGGCAUCCUGCUGGGUCUGAGAUGACAUGGGAGAGACGAUGCUAGAAAGGACCCUUGUCUAUGUAGAAGCCGGGACCACAGAAGAGGGUGAGCAGGGGCCCCGGUGUUUAGUGAGAAAGAGCAAUGUGCUGAUUAAAUACGAAUCCCCCUCCCGAAGGCUCGUGUGAUGUGCUGUGGGGGUGCUGAUGAGUGGCUCUGUGAACUUUGGGUGUUGGGACCUAGGUGGAGGAAUGGUCCCUGAGGAAGGGCGUGUCCUUGGGGGUUCUAUCAUGUGCUUGACUCCAGACAAGGAGACAAGAGCACAGGACUCUCAGAACAGUCACACAGAGAAAUCACAGCUUAGAGCUGGGAUGAGAGGCCAGUGUUCCCAGACACCACCCCAAACCCAAGGCUGUGCAUGGACAAAUGGAUGGACAGUUAGUUCUACCUGCUGCCGAGUUCAGGCUGAGGGAGCACAGCUCCCUGGGUGACUGUGGAAUCCGGUCAGCAGGUGUCUUUAAGGGGAGCGCACCUGUGGGGAUGGAAAUUCUUAGGGACCUUGUUGCCUUGGGGACUCCUUCUCUGGAUGACGUCACUGGCUUCCUCAGGUUCAGUGUGAACACUAGAGGAAUCUUCAAAUGAACCACUAUGGCAAAGACCACAGGCUCCAGAAAGACCGAACACUCCAUUUCCCCGAUCCCCAGAGGUGGCCCAGAUUCUGUUAGGGUUGUUCUUGUGAUGCCUACUGGAGGAAAUGAGUCACACCUGGGCAAGCCAGGCAUUCUUGGCAAGCCUGGGGGGCCUGUGGGGACUGGAAUGGUAGUAUUUCUGUGGGACAGGACAGCGGUGUGGCAUGCGUCUACCCUGGCUGCACUGCCUCCUGGAGACUGCACUGCCUCCUGGAGACUGCACUGCCUCCUGGAGACUGCACUGCCUCCCUGGCUGCACCGCCUCCCGGGCUGCACUGGCUCCCUGGCUGCACCGGCUCCUGGACUGCACUGCCUCCCUGGCUGCACUGCCUCCCUGGCUGCACUGCCUCCUGGACUGCACUGCCUCCCUGGCUGCACUGGUUCCGUGGCUGCACUGGCUCUGUGGCUGCACUGGUUCCGUGGCUGCACUGGCUCUCUGGCUGCACUGGAUCCUGAACUGCACUGGAUCCUGAACUGCACUGGAUCCUGGACUGCACUGGAUCCUGGACUGCACUGGAUCCUGGGCUGCACUGCCUCCCUGGCUGCACUACCUCCUGGGCUGCACUACUUCCUGGGCUGCACUGCCUCCUGGGCUGCACUGCCUCCCACUGGACUGUUCCUGGUGCCUAUGCUGCUUUUGUUUUUUCCUGAAGUCUUGGAAGCUUCCCACAACCCUGACCAUGACGGGGAUUCUGGACCUGCAGCUCAGGAUACCGAGUGUCUACUGUGGCCCUGCACUGCAUUCCUGGUCACAGAGCCAUUGUAGGACAUGGACACGGGUGUCCUACUGUAGGCAAGACCCACGUUUCUAAUGUAAAGGCCCAGAAAAAAGAGCUAUCAGAACAAUACUGAAUGACUCUUCUGAAAUGUUACAUGCAGGUGACUAUGUAAGUCAAACUACGUUUGGGAGUGAAGGGAGUUUUGGGGACCCUGGAGAGAUGGCUCAGUGGUUAAAAGCAUGUACUGUUGUUCUUGCAAAGUUCUGAAUUUGGUCCUAGCAUCCAUAUAAGGUGGCUCACAAUCACCUGUAACGUCAGCUCCAGGGUGAUCGAUGCCUCUGGCCUGUGCUGGCACUAGCACUCACAUGUACCGGCUCCCCACAUGAUUGAAAAUAAAAGAGGCUAGGCAUU